GAGAGAGAGAGAGAGACUCUGCAGACUCACACAGACACACGCUGAGCUUUUCCUUCCAGCCCUGCCGCGUCUUUACUAACAGGACAACUUUAAACCUCCUGGAUACCUCCGCUUCCUCUGCGCUUUCCUCUCGCAUCCAUGUGAACAUCUCCACUCGGACUGAGGCUGUUUUACUGCUGCUGAAGGGAUGAUCAUGACGAUAAUGGGAGGAGGCCGCGGCCGAAGGUGCAGCCCUCGCUAGAAUCCUAAUUCUACCGCAGUUCACCCCUCCGCUGUCACCCACAACUGCUGUCCUUCCCUUCGGCGCCAUGGCCAACCACCUGGAGCUGAUCCAAGAGCUGCAGCAGCUGGACAAGGUGCCCAGUCUGGAGAGGCUACGGGCGGCACAGAAGCGGCGAACCCAGCAGCUGAAGAGAUGGGCUGUGUACGAGAAGGAGAUGCAGAACAAGAAGCGAAAGGCGGACAAGAAGGGUCGCAACGCCAACAACCUCCAGCAGCCAGAGUCAAAGAGGCACGUGUCGUUUGCCGCCAGCGUGGCCCUACUGGAGGCGUCGGCCAGGAAUGAUCCAGACGAAGUUCGUUACCUGCUGAAGAACAACGUGAGUCCAGACCUCUGCAACGAAGACGGUCUGACCGCUCUACAUCAGUGUUGCAUAGACAACUAUGAGGAGAUGGUGAAGAUCCUGCUGGACCGAGGAGCCAGCGUUAACGCUCAGGACAAUGAACUAUGGACACCGCUGCACGCUGCUGCUACCUGCGGCCACGCGGGACUCGUCAAGAUACUCAUCGCACACGGCGCAGAUCUGCUGGCAGUCAACUCUGAUGGGAACAUGCCCUACGACCUAUGUGAAGACGAUCCAACACUGGACAUCAUUGAGACAGCCAUGGCCAACAGAGGCAUCACCCAGGAGAUGAUCAACGAGACACGGGCGUCAACGGAGAGGAGGAUGCUGGGAGACAUUCAGGAACUGAUGAGACAAGGAGAGGAGGUCAACCAGCACGACUCUCAGGGAGCCACGCUGCUCCACAUCGCAGCAGCAAAUGGCUACGUGCAGGCUGCAGAGCUGCUGCUGGAGGGGGGAGCUCGCAUGGACCUGAGAGAUUCAGAUGGAUGGCAGCCUCUUCAUGCUGCAGCGUGCUGGGGUCAGAUGCAUGUGGCGGAGCUGCUGGUGUCUCAUGGAGCCAGUCUCAAUGCCAAGACCUUCCUCGAGGAGACUCCCAUUGAUCUGUGCGAGGACGAGGAGUUCAGAGCCAUCCUGCUGGAUCUGAAACACAAACACGACAUUAUCAUGAAGUCACAGCUCAAACACAAAACCUCACUGUGCAGGCGAACGUCCAGUGCAGGCAGCCGUGGGAAAGUGGUGCGGCGAGCCAGUCUGUCGGACAGACACAACUUGUGUCGUAAAGAGUACGAGACGGAGGCCAUCGUGUGGAGGGGAGGAAGGGAGGAGGAAGACGAGAAGGAGAAAGAGUCUGAUCAGGAGAAUAUUCAAGUGGUAAAUGUCAAGCCAGUUGUAGCUGUAGAGCUGCCAGACAAGUCCAAGCUGCCCACUAUCCUCAAAGAUGGCAGCAACAAACAGAACGGCCUCAUCUCCACGACGACGUCCGUGCCACCGCAGCCGCCCUCCAAUGGCAACACGCCAUCGUCCAAUAAGGGCGGGGUGGCAACGACCCCGCCCACCCCGGAGGAAGCCUGGCCAAGAGAGCGCGCUCAGACUCUGUCGGAGCUGAAGAAACAGAGGGCCGCCGCCAAACUGUUGAAUCACCCCUUGUUCAACGGUCACCUUGGUAACGGCUCCACAGACUCCUUCACCGAUGCCAAAAACAACUCGGAGGACCCUCGCAUGCCGCUGGUGUCCUCCAAUGGCAAUGCAGUUUACUACACGCCAGCCAGUGGCGAUCCGCCUCUCCUCAAACUGAAACAGCCUCUGGAGGAAGAGCAGCCGAAGGCGCGGACCUGCUGCUGCGUGUCGUAGCGCCGCGAUCAUGUGACUGCUGACGGAACAGGAAGUGUUUGCACAGAGAAGAGGGAAGCGUUCUGUAGAAGGAAGGAGAGAAAGGAAGGAAAUAGGGAGUCUUCCUGUCUCUUAACAUCCUGUUCCUCCCCCAACUGUAAACUUCUUCCCGAGAAGAUGGAAGGCCAGAAGAAGGCCUAAAAACUUCUCCUUGUACCUCCAUGUCACAUGACUCCUGCUACACUUGGAGACGCCCCUUCUGAAUGCAGGCAUGUUAAAAGUAGAGCACAGGAGAGGAACCGUGCCACUUUUUUGCAAUUUGGAUAAAAUCAAUUAUCCCGAAUGGAGUCUCUUUUCUGGACACGCCAAAUGGAUAGAAACGUCAAGCUGUUUCUGAGGCCCUGCUGCACCUUUUUAAGAAUCAAUAUGAGCAGUUUUUUUUUUGGAAGCUUUUCACCUGAGUGACAACAGGUGAAACAUCAAAAUCAGGAGAGUAGGGAAGAUUGCAAGGUACUGCAUGUUCUGCCCUCAGACAGAGAUGGAAAAAAGCUUUUUUUUUUACCCCUCAAGUGGAUCAUUAUUUCUCCAUUAAACAACAUUUCCUACAGGACAAAACUCGCAUCGUUGUCAAACCACAACAUUCUGCUUUUUCACCACAUUCUUGUCAUUUUCAAAUAAGCAGGACGGCCAUCGUGAAGCGGUCCAGACAAACUGUUUUACACCGUCUUGUACUACAGCGUAGCAAAAAAGAGAUCUGUGACGACAUUUCUGAAACGCUACCUGCAAAAGUGAAGGGAAGGAAUGCCAUAAAACAGUGUUAAAAUAUCCAAGAAGUGUACUUCUACAGCGAGAGGUAACAGCAAAGAGUAAAAAAAACAAAAGUACUGCACUCGUGUUUGAGACUGUCACUAUAUUCUGUCAACUAUACUUCACCUCACCGUCCUCUCAUAUGGAACAUAAACUGACAGGUCAUGCUUUGUUUUUUGUAUAAUCCACUUUGUGCUCACUCGUAUAGAUAAUUUAAGCAAACAUGGUUGAGAAUUACUGUACAUUUCUUUAUUAUUUAUAAAAUUAAUGUAAUGUGUAAAAAAAAAAACAUACUGGUUCCUAAAGUUGAGUGUAUUUAUUAUUUGGAUGGUGUGUGGAGAGUGAAUGCAAUAUGAUGAUGAUGAUGAGCUGGGGUUGUCUUUCCAGCCGAGCACCUUCUGACGUAGAAAAGUCGUUCAAAUGAUAAAGUGAAGUAAGGAUUACUGUCUGCUAUAUGUACAUGUGAUUUUAUAACACAGAUCCAUCUCACUCAGGGAUGGAUUCAUGUUUGUGUCACUACAAAUAACAGUGUUAUUUGUUUAUGUUGUUUUUUCCCCUGGUGGCCAUUGUGUGGCUUCUCCCAGUCACUGUAUUUGUCUUAUUAACGGAAAUUUGUAAAUGUGAUGUAAUGAAUUACUGUCAGUGUUGUUUUCAGAAGAUACACACAAACUUAAUGCCUCAUUUACAAAGAAGAAAACCUUAAUCCUCACAUGGAUUUGGUAUGUAGCGGUCCCAUAUGAUUUUUUCAGGUGUCUUUGAAUGCAUCAUGGUUCCAACAUGAAAUAUACACUCAGUCUGAAAACUAGUUUCUCUGCUUGAUUAAAGGAAUAGUUUGAUGUUUUUUGGAAAUUCUAGACAAACCUGGAAAAGGAAAUCAAUAGUAUACAUGCACGUAUACUUAACCCUCCUGUUGUCCUCAUUUACGGGCACCAAGAAAUAUUGUUUCUUUGUCUGUAAAAAAAAAAAAAAAAAAAAAUCCAAAAAUUCCGCAGAUUUCUGAAAAUUUGAAAAACCUUCAGGAAGAAAAUUCCAAUAAUUCCUUAAACAUUUCCUUGAAAAUUUUUAUUUAAAAAAAAAUCCCCCAAAUUGGCAAGAACAUUCUUGUAAAUAUUUUCAAAAAUUUAGUAAAAAUCUUCUUUAAAAAAUCCUAAAAUUAUCUAAAGUGAUUUCAUAUAUAUCAGUAAAACCUCUAAUAUUUUCUUUAAGAACAUUCACAAAAAAAUCAACCAAAAUCCAGCGAAUUUUGCUGGAUUUUGGUCAAUUUUUAUGUGAAUGUUCUUAAACAUUUUUAAUAUUUCUUUUUAUCCACCAAAAAUGUUCAAAGAUUUCCCAAAAAUGUUGAAAAUGUGGACAUCAAAAGUUUCACUCUAAAAAUAUAUAUUUUUUCCCCACAUUUUCAAACCUUAAAACGGGUCAGUUUUGAUUCACAAGACAACACGAGGGUUAAUGUGUGGCUGGAACUUAAACCCAGCGGAUAUUUGAACGUACCACGGUGAGCCAGCAUGUCCAAAACCGAACCUUGAACACACCUAAACAGAACAAAUCCAUUCGUUACACUUGCGCGUUUCCUGCUUCGACCUUUUAAAAAUGUCAGUAAAAAGAUACAUCAUUGAGAUUUUAAAAUGCCGAUAAGCAGAUUUUCGAUAUUACAACAAAGUCGAACUAGCCUUCGUUUCCAGUCUUUAUGCUAAGCUAAGUUGUAGCUUCAUGUUGAACAACUAUGAGCAUGAUGCCAAUCUUCUCAUCUAUCUCGUCGGAUUUUCAAAAAUGUUGAUCAGUUCCUUUAAUCUACCAGCAACUCCCAUAACCUUGUGAGUGCCAAAGAGUUUAAGAAAAAAGACAGCUGGACAUUUAGAAAGUUUGGAAGAAAACUUUCUUUGCCGUUACAGAGAUUUAUUUGCUUUUGAUUACCAGCCCCUUUGACAAUAUGAUUUCCCUCAAUGCCGUUCUGUCACAUUUUAUGCCCACAUCAGCUGUACAGUGUCAAAUAUUUGUACAGAUGAGUUUGUAAAUAUGUUUGUAUUAGUAUCCCUUUAUCUGUUCCCAUGACUUGCAUUUACAUGUCUGUGUUGUUACUGUUGAGGAACAUAUAGGAAAAUACAGUUACCCAUCCUGAUGAACAGCGUUAGCAGACUUUUGGUCGUACAGGGGAAACUGUGAGACUGUGUAGACCCCUUUGCAAAGUUGUGUCCACCCCGGCGUCUUCAACAUGUUUUGUGUUCCUCACUGCUCUUCAGAAACUGGUCUCUGUUCUUCAUUCAAAACUGAAUGAUGAAAUAUAUCUACACAAAAGGAAGCAGUUUGUUUUUCAGUUGGAGGAAGUUCAAAUUAAGUCCAAGAGUUUUGACAUUUCACUUAUUUUCUUUUUUUCCCUUUUCUUGCAAGGAACCAAGUCAGUGAAAUCAUCUUGGUAGCAUUUUGAGACAGCUAAAAAGUUUGUUGAAGUUCGUUUUGGUGCACACAGUUUAAUUAAAAUGUCAACUCUGUUUCCUUAUCAAUGAAGUUCAAUCAUACUGAAUUGUAAUUUUGAACUACAACCUGGUUAGUAUUAUUCAGAAAAAGGGACAGUCGCCUGUUAAAAAGUAGUCUGUGUUAUGUGUCAUGGUAUACAGAGAUCAAGGCUUGCGUUUGACUGCGAGCCUCGUUGUCUAAAAGGAUAAGAUUAUACAGACAGAAAACUACUGAUUUUGUAAUUACUGGAAUAUAUUGAUGGUUGCAUUAACAUAUUUUGAAUAAAUUGUAUAUUUUGAGAAUUUUAA